AUGAGCCAAAAGGGGAACAAUGGAGAUAAAAAGGAAGAAAUGGUUGCAGUGGCAAUUGACAAGGACAAAGGGAGCCAAGCAGCAUUGAAAUGGGCUGUUGAUAAUCUUCUCAGCAAGGGUAAACGCGUUACCCUUCUCCAUGUCAAACAGAAGACAUCUGUUGCAACUGCAUUGGGAAGUCAAGCUUCUUUCUGUGACAAUGAAUAUAAAGGUCCAACCGACAGUAUAACCAAGGAGAUGUUUCUUCCCUUUCGUUGCUUUUGCACCCGUAAGAAUAUACGUGUUACUGAAAUUGUAUUGGAAGAUACAGACAUAGCAAGGGCCCUUUGUGACUACGUUAAAAGCACCUUGCUCGAGACUUUGGUGUUGGGUGCCCCGACAAGGAGUAGCUUUGCGAGGAGUAUUGAUGUUCCAAGCAGUGUUUCCAAGGGGGCACCAGAGUUUUGCAGUGUAUAUGUGAUAUCUAAAGGGAAAAUAUCAUACGUGAGAUCUGCCUCGAUUGCACUCCCCAACCAACCUCCUCGUCCAUUGCAGAAUCAAACUAGCCUUCCUCUCACUUCAACUGAUUCACGUCUAUUGCAAAGCAGUACACGAGGUAAUUACAUCGAUAAGGCGCCAUUUUCACCUGUAAAUGCAGUGGAUGACAAGGAUUUAAUCAAGUCACCAUUUACUAGAGUUAAAGUUUCAAAUAGAUCAUACAGUGAGCUGUCAGUACCAGAUAUUGAUAUAUCAUUUGUGAACUCUGGAAGGCCAAGCACGGAUCGUACAAUCGCCUCAGUUGACAGCCAGGAAACAAAUAUUGUUCCUCGUCUAUCCAACAGCACUGAAACAGAUAGUCGAUUAAGUUUUGGAUCUCCGUCUUCUGGAUCCCGGUCAUCUGACAUGACUGGCAGUUUUGGAGUUUUUUCACCCGGCUCUCUGGAAAGUGGCAAAUUUUCGUGGUCAGGAUCCCAAAACCUGGAUGAAGUAGAAGCAGAGAUGAGAAGGCUGAAGCAGGAGCUUAAACAGACAAUGGAGAUGUAUAGCUCAGCCUGCAAGGAAGCAUUUACAGCAAAACAGAAAGCACUGGAACUCCACCGCUGGAAAGUAGAAGAACAGCAGAGACUAGAAGAAGCACAAUUGGCUGAGGAAGCAGCAUUGGCAAUUGCAGAGAAAGAGAAAGCAAAAUGCAGGGCUGCUCUUGAGAAAGCCGAAGCAGCACAGAGGAUAGCUGAACUUGAGGCACGGAAAAGAAUCAAUGUUGAAAUGAAAGCUCUCAAAGAAUCAGAAGAGAGGAGGAAAACACUCGAUAAGAUGGUCCACAGUGAUGUGAGGUAUCGCAAAUACUCAAUAGAAGAGAUUGAAGCAGCAACAGACUACUUCUCAGAAUCUCGUAAAAUUGGGGAAGGUGGAUAUGGACCAGUCUACAAGUGUUACCUUGAUCAUACACAGGUAGCUGUAAAGGUUCUACGUCCUGAUGCAGCCCAAGGAAGAUCACAGUUUCAGCAAGAGGUUGAAGUUCUGAGUACCAUUCGACAUCCCAACAUGGUUCUACUCCUUGGAGCAUGUCCCGAGUAUGGUUGCCUAGUCUAUGAAUACAUGGCCAAUGGGAGCUUAGAUGAUUGUCUCUUCCGACGACGUGAAAAGACUCAGGUGCUUCCAUGGCAACUCAGAUUCCGAAUAGCUGCAGAAAUUGGUACUAGCCUACUUUUCCUCCAUCAGGCCAAACCAGAACCUCUAGUACACAGAGAUCUGAAACCAGGCAACAUUUUGCUUGACAGUAACUUCGUAAGCAAGAUUAGUGAUGUUGGCCUAGCCAGGCUUGUCCCUCCUAAUGUUGCUGAUGCUGUUACACAAUAUCAUAUGACAUCUGCAGCUGGAACUUUCUGUUACAUAGACCCUGAAUAUCAACAAACUGGAAUGCUUGGAAUAAAGUCUGACGUUUAUUCCCUUGGAGUUGUGCUUCUUCAAAUAAUAACAGCCAAGCCACCAAUGGGAUUAACACAUCAUGUUGAGAGGGCUAUUGAGAAAGGGACCUUUGCUGAUGCGCUCGAUCCAGCAGUUCCUGAUUGGCCUGUAGAAGAGGCCUUGAAGUUUGCCAAGGUAGCUCUUAAGUGCACAGAAUUGAGACGCAAAGAUAGACCAGAUCUUGGCAAUGUGGUACUUCCUGAACUUAACAGGUUGAAAGCACUCGCUGAAGAAACAAUGCCAAAUAUCACAAUGAGGAAUAGUCCACGGACCAACCCAACAAAGCCAUUGUAG